AUGUCGGCACCAUUCCGCGGUACCACCCGUUAUGCCGCACUUGCACCAUUGCGAGGGAUUGAGCAAUCAAGAAAAGACGACUUGGAAUCGUGGUUUUAUAUGAUUGUCGAGUGGACGCGUGGUAGCCUGCCAUGGGGUGAUUUGGUAAGUGAGAAAAGGCUGCUAACCUAA